AAGAGUGAAUAUUUGUAAGAGCCACAGCAACUAAUAUUUAUGUUCAUGUUAUAAUCCUGAUGUAAUACUUUUGACACACAGACCUUCUACCCUUUUCAAGGGACACUUUUACUUCACAGGCCUUAAUCUUUUCAGGAAGAUUCUGUUCAGUAAUUAGGCCAUUUCCUUUUCCUGUGGUCGAUUGUGAGGCAGUUCACAUCUAGAAUUGUUGUCAUGUACGGUGUUUAAAUUUUGAGUUUAAGAGUUGGUGAAGCGGGGGUGGGAAUAUAAUGAUUUGACUGUUAAAUAUUAGGUUCAGAAUUUUUCUGUCAACAUCCAAAAGUCCCAUGAUAUUCAGUCGUUUUUCUUUUUAGUAAGCUACCAGUGUCGUAACACUAUCCUUUUAAGUAGUAUUCCGCUAAACACCAUAGCGCUUCACAAGACAAACCACGGGCGUUUAACAAUAAGUAACUGAACUACUUCCUUCCCGUAAAGAUCCUUACUUCAGCCAAUUGUAAAGCUGUAUCUGAAUUCACCAAUCACAGUACUCAAAAGUUUCCCUUUGGCCAAUAGCCUUCUAAGAAAUUAUUGUAUCUAUGGGUGUGCUCUGCUGGGUAGGACGCUUAGCCGCCCAGAACUAACUUGUUCCAUGUUUAAGAGUAUGGAUAUGCACAGUGUGAAAGAUGUCCCAUGGACAGGCUGUGCUGUCCUGUUCCUGCAGUCGCUGUGUCCCUCUGUGAACCUGCUCUCCCUCUACAAAGACCCACAUGGCAAAUUCAGCGUCUUCAAGGUCAUCAAGCUCACCCUGACAGACUCGGUGGGGGGUCUGGUGGGGUACGAGAUCCUGAAGCUGCACGAUGCCGACCCCCGGCUGGGCGUGGAGGUGAAGUUUGUGGACGCCACCGUGUGCCGGCGAUUCCUGGAGAGCUACAGCUCAGGCGCUGUGCGGCAGUCCCUCGCCCAGCACUCCUGCCGUCUGCUUACCAGCCCCUUGGAGCUCGAGGCAGAGACAGAGCUGAGGGCCGGCACGCACACCCUGGACAACUGCCCCUCCCUGGAGCUCUGUCUGCAGCACAUCCACCAAGCACAGCCAGAGCGGCUGCGGGAUGAUGAGGUCACAGCGUUGGAGCAGCAGUUGCAGAACCAGGCCCUAGGCCACAACCCUCAGCCACCUGUCACACAGGAAGUGUCUCCAGUGCCCAGCAAUUGCUUUCUGUUUCAGAAGAGGGCCUUUGAGGACCGCAUGCUGACGCCCGCGGACCUGCAGUGUUUCUCCAGCGGGGUGGGCCGCCAGUGGAAGCAUGUGGGCCGGGCCCUGGGGAAAACUUGCCGUGCACUGAAGGGUCCGGCCAUAGACAACCUGGCGUACGAGUACGAGAGAGAGGGGCUCUACGAGCAGGCCUACCAGCUGCUUAGCCGCUUCAUGCAGGCGGAGGGGCGGGCUGCCAGGCUGGGCAGGCUGGUCAGAGCUCUGGAGGACUGCAAACUCACCAGCCUGGCAGAAAACAUGCUGGAAAACCAGCCAUGAGAUGGAACUCUCUGACACGCUCUGACACGCUGUCUUAUUGUGGGUAUGUGUGUGUGUGUGUGUGUGUGUGUGUAGGAGGCUAGGAUGAACAGUUGACUCAUACAGUAUAUCUCCAUGGUCUCUGGUACAUAGGUUACUGUCCGUAUAUUGUAGGUGUUAACUGUACAUGAAGUGGUAUGUGUUGGUGUAUGUGUGCAGACAUGUAUUUGCUUGUGAGACAGUUUUUUCUUUUAUAAUUGUGCAUAUUUCUAUGUCAUUCUUACUUUGUUUUCUUUUUUUUAACAAUCCUUCUUUUGACUAAACUAGUCCUGAGUGUGGGAGGUUGUUCAUAAAGUAUCUGUGGAGCAGUUUUCUGACCCACACACACACACACCUCAGCCCAGUUCUGCUCUGAUCAGAAUGUAAUCCCUCUAUCAGGAACCAGUCACCACAAUGUCAUUGCCAUUGUACAUUUAGUAAAGCUAUGUGCAGUAUGUGGGACAUGUUCAAACAAAUCAAAAUAAAGGGUUGGAUUUGUAAAA